AUGUCACUUGAAGAUCCUUUUUUUGUAGUUAAAGAUGAAGUAAAUAAAGCUUUAAACAAAACCUGCAGCUUAUAUAGAAGGUGGUUAGAAUUACAAGAUGAUAAUGGUUCCAAUAAUCCUAUCAGAGAUGAAUUGGAUUGGACUUCAACUGAGUUGAGAAAUGCAUUAAGAAGCAUCGAAUGGGAUUUAGAAGAUUUAGAAGAUACAAUUAAUAUCCUUUUAAUAAAUUUCAUUGUAGAAAAAAAUCCGACAAAGUUUAAAACGGAUAACAAAGAACUUUCGAAUAGGAGGAGUUUUAUUGAGGAUACAAAAGAAGAAGUGAAAACUAUGAAAGAUAAAAUGAACAUAAACAGGAAUACAGAUCGAGACAAAACAGCAAGGCAACCACUUUUAGAAAAUAUAUCAUCUCCUCCUAGAAUAAUGUCGCACGGACCUACGAAAUAUUCGAAAUUAGAAAAUGAAAUAGAUAGUCCUAACAGGCAAUUUUUAAACGAUACUCUAUCGCAACAGAACAGAAUGUUCAUGGAACAAGAUGAACAACUUGAAAUAAUUGGAGAUUCCGUUGGAACAUUGAAAACCGUAUCGAGACAAAUCGGUAACGAAUUGGACGAACAAGCCGUCAUGCUCGACGAUUUCGGUUACGAUUUAGAAAACAUGGAUUCGAAAUUAAAUUCUACAAUGUCGAAAAUGUCAAAAGUUUUAAGAUUAUCAAGUGAUCGAAGGCAAUGGAUGGCCAUCGGAAUAUUAGCCACUAAAAAGAAUAAUGAUAACGACGACGACGAUGAUGAUGAUGAUAACACGUUACAUAUAAUUUGUAUUUUAAUCAGUGCGUAA